CCCAGAAACUUACUUGGCAGACGCGUUGCAUUUAAUCAUCACAGCGUUAGUAGAAAACAAAACCAAAGCCAGCGCGACGUGGCACAACGCGUAUGUGGUUUGAGUGACGUCGACAUUCCAACUCAUCUUGAGUAUAUUGCUACCAGAUUGGAGCUGAGAGGCCUCGCCGGUGGCCCAAUGGAGGGCCCACCGCGUCGUGUAGGGUCUUUGAGUUUGGCGGCCACACGGGUGGACGAUGUGGCGCAGCGGCUGCAGACCUCCGCCAAGGCGGAGGUCUUUGAGGUGCUGAAGGCCAUGGCGGGGCCGAGCGAGCUGAACGCGCUCCUGCGUUUGGAGCCCCUGGUCAACGAUAUUUGUUCGCAGCUUAGCGAUAGCUUCAAGCAGGCCGUCAACAAACGAUUGAUACCGGAAGCGUGCAAACUGCUGGGCGUCUCGCGGCCGGUCGCAGCGUCCAACGCAGCAUCGACGGGGACGUGGUCCGGGACCUCGCUCCUGGGCGCUGGACCGCUAGGGCUGCUCGGAUCGCACCAGCAGCAUGAGAACGACAUUCUCGCGCUCGGAUUCUCGCCGGGCACCGACCAGGGCACUGCAGCGGCGCUCGCGUCGGGGGGCCUCAGCGGCCUCGGCGCAGGCACAGGUAGCAGCGCCCCCGCCGCGCAGCCCAACGAGUCGCGCUUCUCCUUCGCCAUGAACGCCGACGCAUCGCAGCGCGGCGCGCAGGCCCAGCCCCAGCAGCCGGCACGGUUCGGCAACUACGGCGGCGCGUCACUUGGCGCCGGCGAGCCGCACUCGCUGCAGCAGCAGCAGCAGCAGCAGCAGCAGCAGGCGCCCGCCGCCGACCCCCUCAUGUUCCUGGGCCUGGGCGACGCCGCCGCCUCCCUGUCCACCUCCAACGGCCUGGUCGGCCCCACCGAGGCCUUCCUGCUGGGCAACCAGCUCGCAGCCGCAUGCGGCGGCGCGCCGCCGACCAGCAACGGCGCCGCCGCCGCCGCCUCGGCCGCCGCCGCCAGCGCCUCCCUGCGCGCCGGCUCGCUGCCCGGCCUGGGCAGCGCCUCGCUCUCGCGGACCAUGGGUCAGCUGUCGCUUGGCACUGGCGCCGCCGCCACGUCACCGCCGGCGGCCGGCGGCUCCUACGCGCCGCUGGGCUCGGUGCGGCCUGGAUCCUCGUUGGACCCCGGUCUGGCCACCCCGCCGCUGUCGCUCUCCGGAACCGAGCCGCUCCGCGGCCCGGGGGCCGGUGCUAGCAUAGGUGGCGGCUUGCCGUCUCCACUGCACGCCACUGCCCAGCAGGUGCAACAGCAACAGCAGCAGCAGCAGGCACAGGCGCAGGCGCAGCAGCAGGCACAGCAGCAGCAGGCACAGCAGCAGCAGCAGGCGCAACAGCAGGCGCAGCAGCAGUUGGCAGCGGCCGCCGCCGCCGCUUCGGCCCCAGCGCCAUUGUUCGGCGGCGCGCCUGGCCGGGGGCCGGGCCUGCAGCAGCAGCAGCCAGGCAAUGGCUACGGCGGCCUGUCGGCGGGCCAGCAGCAGCUGCUGCAGCACCAGCAGCAACAACACCAGCAACACCAGCAGCAGCUUGCGGCACUGCAGCAGCAGUACGCGCAGCACCAGCAGUACAUGCAGCACCAGCAGCAGGCGCAGCAACAGCAGGCACAGCAGCAGCAGGCACAGCAGCAGCUGCAGCUGCAGCUCCAGCAGCAACAGUACGGCAACCUGCAGUCACGCAGCACGGACGGCUUCGGCGGCGGUGCUGGCGGCCUGGGUGGCGGCUACGCACAGGCGCCGGACGGCUCCCGCGCCUCCCUUGAUGGCCGCCUGCAGCAGCAGCAGCAGCCCCCUUCCAUCUUCUCCUCGGAGCUGCAGCACCAGCUUCACCUGCAGCAGCAGCAGCAGCAGGCUGCGGCUGCGGCCGCAUACCAGCUGUCCGGCCUGCUGUCGGGUGGUCAUGACCUCACGCAGCAACAGCAGCAGCAGGUGGCAGGGCUCCUGCAGGGCUUGAGCGCAGCGGACGCGGGCGGAGGUGGAGGCGGCAUGCCGCAGCAGUUGCUGGGCCCGGGCGUGGCUGAGAGCCUCAGCGCGUACGGCGUUGGUGGCGGAGGCUCCAGCCUUGGGCUGCCGCCGCGCGGCGCUGGCUCACCUGCCAUGCUCAUGUCUUCAUCCCAGCAGACCCAGCAGCAGCAAAACCAGCAGCAGCAGAACCAGCAGACGCUGCUGGGCCCAGGCGUCAUCGGCGGCGGCCGCUCCAGCCGCAGCGGCGCCGCCAGCACCGGCUCUGCCGCCGCGGACAGCCGUGGCAGCUCCUUCUCAGCCGCGCACCCGCACGCCGCGGCACUGCAGGCCCAGCAGCAGCAGCAGGCCCAGCAGCAGCAGGCGCAGCAGCAGCAGCAGGCGCCGGCGCAUCAGGGCGCGCUGUCGAGCCGCGGCAGCGCGGGCGGCGGCACGCCGGUGCACAUGCAUCCCUCGCCGCCCGCCUCGGACGCCUCCGGCCCCGCCUCUUCCACCGCCUCAGGGCCCUAUGUGGGCGGCGGUGGCGGCGCAGGCUCCACCGGCGGCGGCAGCGCCGGCGGCGCGCCGCUGCGGGCGGCUCCGGGCACCGGCGCUGCAGCACCGGGCGCCGGAGCGCAGCUGUCCAUGGCUGCAAAGCUGCAGCAGCAGCAGCAGCAGCAGCAAGCACUCGCGGUGGCGCAGGCCAAGGCCGGCGCAGGCCGCGGCGUGGCUGUGCCGGCUCCUGCAGCGGCGUCGGCUGGCGGCGCCAAGUCGGCAGCCGGCACGCCGCCCAGCCCGGGCGGCGGCGGCAUGGCGGCGGCCGCGGCGGCGGCGGCGGCCAAGCCGCCGGCGGACAUGCCUGGCCGCUUCCGCUGCCUGCCGCCGGCAGUGCAGGCGCGCAUCCACACCCUCACGCGCGACAACCACGUUGUGCUGCUCAAGGACUUUGACGAGAAGGUGCUGAGCAAGAUGACGCUGCUGGUAGACAAGUUCGGCCCCGGCGAGUGCCUCGCCAUGCUGGACCGCAUUGAGGAGGUGCUCAAGGGCAAGGCGGGCCGCCUGGCCAACGGGCCCGGCUACCUGGACGUGUCGGUGUCCACCCGCCUGGACGAGCUCAAGCAGCGAGCCAGCGGCCAGGUGACGGCGCCCGAGGACUACGCGCGCUCCACGCUGCACAGCCGCAUCUACGCCGAGCUGCGCGACCUCAUCGGCCGCCACGGCUUCCUGCAGUGGCACCACUUUGACCAGGGCAUCAUCAACAUGCUGAAGAAGAUGCCCAACGCCACCGCACUGGAGCGGCUGAACGAGCUGGCCUACCACAGCUUCAAGAACGUGGAGAACCCCAAGUCCUGCAUCGUCUCCAUCUUCACCACCAAGCCCAAGUACGUCAAUGCUUGAGGGCCGCGGGCGGCGCAGAGGGGCGGCGGCGGCGGAGAACGGCCGCACGCCAGCACGCUCGUGGCGACGGCCGGUGCCGAACCAGGAGGAGGAGAGAGAAGGGAGGAGGAGGGGCAAGGGAGGAGACGACCAGUCGCAUCGGAGCCAUGGAGAUUCGGCGCGGUGAGGUGUGGGGAGUGAGGGAUGAGGAGCGGCGGCGGCUGCGAGAGCGGCACGGCCGGAGGAGGAGGGGCGGCCGCAGGUGGCUAGCCGCUGGGCUGCGGGUGCAACUGGGUGUUGACCCGUAACCGUUGGAGGAUGAGAGACCUCAUGUGGAGCUGGAGGAGGACAUGAGGAGGGGGAGGAGGAGGAGCAGGACCAAGCGUCGUGGUCAUUUCGUACCAGGCUGCUGUGCUGCACAGCAGCAGCUGGGCAUCGGAUGGCGAGCCCCGAACGGCAGGGCCCAUUUUAUCAUCGUUGCUUUGUACCGAUGCAUGGUGCAUGCGACUCAGCAUAGCUAGCCCGGCUGCCAUAAGUAAAUAAAAAAAGCAUGUGUGGAUUGUCAGGCAGUCAAGUAGGCGGACCGCAUCACGGGAGUAUGUUGCUCGCGCCGGCGCGGCGCACGGCUGUUGCCUGGAGUCGGUGCGUGCGUGAGGCGGCCCGCGGUGCAGCAUGCAGGCAGGUAGCAGGCGCUGCUGGCUGAUGGAGGCAGAGGGAGAAGCGCCAGGCAGGCAUUGUGAGUGGUUGGGAACUUGUGGUGGAAGAUGUGGUGAGUUGCGCGUGACCCGGAUAGGGCAGCGGUGGCUGAGGAGGCAGCGGCAAGCACACAAACUGAUGAGCUGAGCUAGUCGGAGAAACUGCUUCAUGGUGAUGGCACAUGCUGACGACGAUGUUUCUGCUGCUAGUCCUUGCACUUGCCUUGUGCUUGCUGGCUGGUUUUGCGAGCCUUGGGCUUGCGGUUGGACGCGGCUCCGCGGCGCCCAUGCGACAGAUGGGGCAACGCGACAGAUGGCGAUGGUGUGUGUGUGUGUGUGUGUGUGUGUGUGGUGUGUGUGGUGUGCGGACCUCGCGUCAGGGCGGCCCCUGUACCAUAUAUGCUCUGAGUCCUUGCUUUGUUUCGGAAUAGGAACAUGCCUGGCGUGCCACGCCCCAGGCAUUGCUCUAGGCAGGCAGCAACACGCCGCAUGGCUGGUGCUGAGAGCGAAAGGGGUCCUUUGCUUCUUUCCUUUCUUCUUAUAAUGCAUUGCCGUACGCAUGUGGUGCUGGGUGUUCGGCAACUUGUGCCGCGCUGACCGCAUCUUGUUAGUUGUUGAGGUCGAGGUGUGUGGGUUUGUAGGACAGCAGCAGGGCGUGGGUGCUUCGGCAUGCGAGUGGGUGUGCCGGCAUUGCGUUGCUUGAUGGCAUCACGCCUGCGGGCGCUGGAGAGAAUACAGGCGCGCCUGGGUGCACUGAGUAGCUCGCAGGCACCGCGCCACGUCGCCGCAAGAUCAGCGUAAGCGAGUGGUUUCAAUCCUCUGGGUGUUUGUUUGGCUGUGGGCUCGUGGAGAGUCCCAAUACAGUUUUGACUCGCGACAUUGCACACAUGGAGGUGUUAAAUUCUGGCAGUGGUGGAGGCGGGCGGGCCAAAACCCGCAACAAAUGCGACAAAAGAAUUAGGAGCUAGUCCUCUACUUGCCGUACUGCAAUUCUUCAUGUCUUUUGAUGGCGCUUUGCCACGUAAUGUCUUUUGGGCCUGUUGGCGGUGGAGUGGGGGUUGUGCUACAGCAUGCUGUGCAGCUGACUGCCAUGCGAAGUGGCGGUGGGGCCCUGUGAGUGCGGCCGAGCGAGUGAGUGGGGAUUGGGAUGGCGCGCACAGGAGCGCAGGAAGGUGCGCGGUGCGGGCGAGUGGAGUAGAUUCGGCAUUCUGGCACGCUGUUGUGGUAUGUUGGACUGCAAGCUCGCUGUUCGCGCACACCCUCCAGUAAAGUCAGGGCGGCGCCAUAACACGUGGUGGUGGUGCCGGCCCUGCAGGUGCUGAUGAGCACGCUUGGUACCGGUAGAUUAAGGGCCCUACUUGCUGGGCAGGCCUGAGAUUGGUUGGUGCACCGUGUUUUGUGGUUCAGUAGUAAGGUCUGUGAGUUGCUCUGAGGGGCAUAUGCCGUACUUGACGACCCCAUUGGGCAUGCCACGUAGGUGUGGCGCGUUUGCAUACGUGUUUGUGUGGGGGGCGCCCCGCCUGGUCCCGAGAUGCGAGGAGCACAAAUUCUUUUGGGAGGUCUCCUACUACUGUAAUCAUAACGCCAA